AUGCACUGGCACGAUUUCUUACCAACGCUGCUUGCCGCAGUGUUGGUCAGCCCUGCCAACGGAUUUCGCAUGCCUUCCAGCACAAUUCUGGCAUAUCUUCGUCGGGACCCGGUUGUGAGCCCGGGUCAAGUCUCGGGUCACGUCCAUGCAGUCGGCGGUGCGAGUGGCUUCUACUCCACCCUCACGACGCAAGGCUUGACCAGCUCCAACUGUACUACCAUGGUUAUCCAGGAUGACUUCAGCUCCUAUUGGACGGCACCGCCAACGAGACAAUGGCCAAAUGGUAGCUUCUCUGCUCUGCCUCUAACCGGCCAGCUUACUUAUUACCAGAAGCGUGUGCCCGACGCCGAAAUCCACAUGUACCCGGAAAACUUUCGCGUUGUAGCAGGAGACGCCAUGGCCACAUCGACAACCCGCAGUAAAGACCAGACUUCUUUCCGAUGCAUAGUGUUUGAUCCGCCCAAUAUCUAUGGCAACCUGGUUACUAUGACCGAGGGUUGGAAUCGCUUGCCAACUAUGGAUUGUACAGUCAUUACGCUUGCCGUCACCUUUCCGGGGUGUUGGGAUGGUGAAAAUGUGGAUUCUGCCAACCACCGUGACCACGUAUCGUACAACACCGGACCGUACUCAUCAUGUCCGAGCACGCAUCCCGUCCAAAUCCCGGAACUUACCCUUGAGAUGACUUUCGCUACCGAGGGUGCCUCCUGGCAAGACAUAUACCUGAGCAGUGGCUCCGCAAGUGGCUAUGGAAUUCACGCAGACUAUGUGUUCGGUUGGAAGAAUGGCGGUGCUCUCCUCAGCAAAGCUAUGGCGGAUCCCACAUGCUUGGGUCAAGAGGACGUGAUGGAUAAGGGGGACGGCGGGCCCAUUUGUAAGACCAUGUUCGAACACUUUGAUAGCGAUGCCAGUCUAGCUUGCGGAGCGGAUGGUGUUGUCGAUAUUGUUCAUGAGGAGGUUGGAAUCUCACGACCGGUCCCGUCUCUACCCGGAUGCAACCUACCCCAUGAUGAUCCAGGCCUUCCGUCCACCAGACCUUCGUGCCCAUCCACUUCUACCCCUGUUAUAGGUGCGCCUUCUCGCCUGUUGUCGUGGUGGAACACGAACCCCGGACAAAAGCCCGCAACAUUUGGAGUUUAUGAUGCAGCUUCUCUUCCUGCACCUCCAGGAAAGAAGGCUGGUCGCGCUAUGACUCCUAAUACCGGAACUAUGUACCUUUGCACUGGUCAGAACUGGGACGGGCAUAAGGAGAAUUGGCCUUGGACAAAGGGUGUUUGUAAGACAUUGACUGGAGCAUUUGCCUCGGGCAUUGGAUCCGCUGGUCCCAAUGCUGGAUACUGUAAUUUCUACGGGGAGGCACAUUGUAAGGGCAAUGUUAUGCAUUCUACGACGUACCCGGGAUUGAACAACCUUCAAGACUUCGCUGGAUCAAGCCUUCGCUCCUUUAUGUGCGUCUAG